UGGAAUUGAGAGAUUGCACAACUGGAAUAUAUCCACUACAUUUAUUACUUAGAAAAAAAUCAAGUCCAGUUGUUUGUUUGUUUUUUUCUUCUAGAUGGCUGUCAAGAAAUGGUUAAUGCAUGGUUUGCUGAGAGAGUUCAUACCAUCCCAGUCUGCAAGGAGGGAACCAAGUCCCACAGUGAAUCCUGUGCUUGUCACCAGCCUGCCUGUGCCGAGACAACCAACUCCGGGACGCCAGCAAGGAAAAUCUCUGCUUCUGAAUUUGACAGACCCUUAAGGCCUAUUUUUGUCAAGGAUUCAGUAGGAGCAGUGAGCUUCCUCUCUGGCUCUGAAAAGAAGGAACAGAUGCCUCUGCAAUCUCCAAGGAUUGAGACCAGUGCAGGAGAUCAGUGCUCAAGACUGCUAGAACUUGUGAAGGACAUUUCUAGUCACUUGGAUGUCACAGCACUUUGCCAUAAAAUUUUCCUACAUAUCCAUGAGCUAAUAGCAGCUGAUCGCUAUUCCCUGUUCUUGGUCUGUGAGGAUAGCUCUAAUGAGAAGUUUCUUGUAAGCAGGCUCUUUGACGUGGCUGAAGGCUCCACCCUGGAAGAAGCUUCCAACAACUGCAUUCGCCUGGAGUGGAACAAGGGCAUUGUGGGUCAUGUAGCAGCUAUAGGCCAGCCUCUGAACAUCAAGAAUGCGUAUGAGGAUCCAAGAUUCAAUGCAGAAGUUGACCAGAUCACAGGGUAUAAGACUCAGAGUAUUCUCUGUAUGCCAAUAAAGAAUCAUAGGGAAGAGGUUGUUGGCGUGGCUCAAGCAAUCAAUAAGAAAUCUGGAAUUGGUGGCACUUUCACUGAACAAGAUGAAAAGGAUUUUGCUGCCUACUUGGCAUUUUGUGGCAUUGUUCUUCACAACGCUCAAUUGUAUGAGACGUCUUUGCUGGAGAACAGGCGUAAUCAGGUGCUUCUUGAUCUUGCCAGCCUAAUUUUUGAAGAGCAGCAGUCUUUGGAAGUAAUUCUGAAGAAGAUCGCUGCCACUAUAAUAUCCUUCAUGCAAGUGCAGAGGUGUACCAUUUUCAUCGUGGAUGAAGAUUGUACUGAUUCAUUUUCUAGUGUAUUUCACAUGGAAUCGGAGCAGUUAGAAGAUUCAGCAGAAAAUCUGAAGAGGGACUAUGACACAAACAAAAUCAAUUAUAUGUAUGCUCAAUAUGUCAAGAAUACAAUGGAGCCUCUUAACAUCCCAGAUGUCUGCAAAGACAGAAGAUUUCCCUGGACGAAUGACAAUGCAGAAAAUGUAAGCCAACACAUGAAGAGCUUGUUGUGUACACCAAUAAAAAAUGGGAAAAAAAAUAAAGUGAUAGGGGUUUGCCAGCUUGUGAAUAAGAUGGAAGAAAACUCAGGCAAAGUCAAGGCUUUUAAUAGAAAUGAUGAAGAGUUUCUGGAAGCAUUUGUCAUCUUUUGUGGCUUGGGGAUCCAGAAUACGCAGAUGUAUGAAGCAGUAGAGCGAGCUAUGGCCAAACAGAUGGUAACAUUAGAGGUUCUCUCAUACCACGCUUCUGCUGCUGAGGAGGAAACGAGGGAGCUGCAGGUAACAGUGGCUGCCAUAGUACCAUCCGCGCAAUCGCUCAACUUAACUGACUUCUACUUCAGUGAUUUUGAGCUGUCAGAUUUUGAAACAACACUGUGUACAAUUCGAAUGUUCACAGACCUCAACCUGGUGCAAAAUUUCCAAAUGAAACAUGAGGUUCUCUGCAGGUGGAUUUUAAGUGUAAAGAAAAACUAUCGGAAAAAUGUUGCUUAUCACAAUUGGAGACAUGCCUUUAAUACAGCGCAGUGUAUGUUUGCUGCUUUAAAAUCUGGUAAAAUUCAGAGCAAACUGACUGACUUAGAAACACUGGCUUUGCUGAUAGCAACUCUGAGCCAUGAUUUGGAUCACAGGGGAGUGAACAACUCUUACAUACAAAGAAGCGAACAUCCGCUGGCUCAACUGUAUUGCCACUCAAUCAUGGAGCAUCAUCAUUUCGAUCAAUGCCUUAUGAUCCUGAAUAGUCCAGGAAAUCAGAUUCUCAGCAGCCUUUCCAUUGAAGAAUACAAGGCCACACUGAAAAUGAUAAAACAAGCCAUUCUUGCCACAGACCUAGCGCUAUACAUAAAGAGGAGAGGAGAAUUUUUUGAACUUCUACGGAAGAAGCAAUUUAAUUGGGAAGAUCCUACACAGAAAGAGCUAUUUUUAGCAAUGCUGAUGACUGCUUGUGAUUUAUCAGCCAUAACCAAACCAUGGCCAGUUCAGCAACGGAUUGCUGAGCUUGUAGCUACCGAGUUCUUUGAUCAAGGAGAUAAGGAGCGGAAGGAACUCAACAUUGAACCAACCGAUCUAAUGAACAGAGAGAAGAAAAAUAAAAUUCCCAGCAUGCAGGUUGGAUUCAUAGAUGCUGUUUGUUUGCAGCUGUAUGAGGCCUUAACGCAUGUGUCGGAGGCCUGCUACCCUUUACUGGAUGGCUGUAGAAAAAAUAGGCAGAAAUGGCAAGCCUUAGCUGAACAGCAAGAGAAGAAUCUGAUCAAUGGAGAAAGCAAUCAAGCCAAACGGAACUGAGAUGCUGAUUUAACAACCACAAGCUGAAGUUCACAUAGAAGACAUAGUCAUAG